AUGUCCUGGUUACUGAAUUCGCUCGUCGGCAGUCCGCGAGCCGACGACGACGACGACGAAGACGUCGACGAAGAGGAGAACGACGACACUCUCCUUCCCGCCGCGGGCUCCGCCGACAAUCCCGACAGCCCCGGCAGCGCCGCGCGGGACGCGGCGGCGGCAGCGGGGGUGCGCGACGACCUCACGGAGUUGCAGCAGUCGCUCACCAAGCACUGGCGGGGCGUCGCCUCCUUCCUCACGGGCGAGCCCCGCCGGCCCCCCGCCUCCGCCCCGCAGCCCCCCGCCUCCGCUUCCGCUUCCGCCGCCCUCUCCGCCUCCGCGGACGACGCGGCGUCGCUAGAUCCGCCCGCGCCGCUGUCGCCUGAGGAGACGGCGGGGCUGUCGCGCGACGAGGUGCGCGCGCUGCGGUGGCGGCAGGAGUUAUCGCGGCAGGCGGAAAAGGACAAGGACAAGGAGAAAGGCAAAGCCUCCGCCGCCGCGGCUGCGCCGCCAGGCCGCGGGGGUGCCGCGGAAGAUGCACAAGGGGCGGGUGAGGGGGGAGCGGAGGGGGAGGAAUCGGAGGAGGAUGCGAGCGCGCGUCACGCGCGGCUGUCGGGGGUGCGCGAGGACUUGGCGGAGCUGUCGCAGCGCGUGAAGCGCGGGCUGACGUCCGUGAUCCGCGUGGUGACGGGCGACGACGCCGCCGCCGGCGCUGGCAAGGGCGCGAGGGCAGGCGGACGAGGAAAAGCGCGGCGCGGAGAAGGAGACAGCGACAGCGAUGGAGCGGAAGAGGAGGGAAGAGAGGAGGAGGAGGAAGACGACGAAGAGGAGGGGGAGGAGGGGGAGGAGGGCGAGGAGGAUGAGGAGGAGGAGGACGGGGGCGAGACGCUGUUAGAGGCGGCGCAGGAGGAUAUCAAAGCCAUCUCCAGCACCCUCGCCACCGGCAUCACGGGCGUCGGCCGCCUCGCGUCGCGCCUCUUCGCCGCCACCGACGCGCAGCUCGGGCGCGCGGAGGGCUCCGGCGGAGACGGGGAGUACGCGGAGGGCGCGGGCGCGGGGAUGGGGGAGGAGGAGUUUGGGGAGGCGGAGGUGGCGGUGGGCGUGACAGCGGACGUGGUGCAGUUCGCGCAGAACCUGUCGGGGCACCCCGAGACGUGGAUCGAGUUCCCUCUGCCCGACGAGGAGGACGAGGAGGAAGACUUCGAGGUGGCGGGCGAGCAGGAGGAGCACAUAGAGGCGGUGGAGGCGAGGGUGCCACGGCUGGUGGCGCUGCGCAUGGAGCUCACCCCGCAGCACCUCAGCGAGCGCCGCUUCUGGAAGAUCUACUUCGUGCUGCUGCACUCCCGCAUCCCCCCUGCUGCGGCCGCGCGCCUCUCCACGCCCCCCAUUCUGAGGGCUAGGGACCAGGUAUUGGCAGCGUUACGCCAACAGUCUGCAGCUGGCAUGGCAGGGGACUCGCCCUCCCCCUCCCCUUCUGCUGAUACUGGCCCCAUUGCUACUGCUGCUGCGGUAGCCAGCACAGCAGACCAGGGCAGCACCAUGCAAGCUGUCACUGAUGCUGCUGGUGGUGGUGGUCAGGGAGCAGGGAGCAGUGCUGACGUGGCAGCAGGAGUGUCAAAUGUCAGGGAUGAGGAUGCGGAUGAUGAUUGGCUGGAGGAGGAGAGUGGGGCGGUGCUGGGUGGUGGAGGGGGAGGGGGACCAGUGGGAGGAGGAGCAGGAGGGGUGGAUGAUGGGGAGGAUGUGUCUUUCAGUGACUUGGAGGACGAGGAUGAGGAGGGGGGGAAGGCUAAGGGGGAGAACGCAUCCGUUACUGCUGUAGGUGACGGUGCGAGCGGUGAUGGUAACAGUGCUGUGCAGGGCGAGCAGGCACAAGGCUCUGCAGGUGCCGCUGUUGCGGCUGAUGCUGCUGCUCAGACUGCUGCGGCUGAUGGGGAGGCAGGGGAUAAAGACGGUGUUGCUGAGGCAGGUGUGAGUGGGGGCGGUGCAGGGGAGGAGGGUAGCAAGGAGGCAGGGAAGGGAGGGGCUACGGAGAGGAGGAUAUCGCCUGAUGCUGUUGCUGUGCCACUUUUGAAUCAAGUGGACCAUUUAUUCGUAUGGGCAGCAGUAGUGCUCCGCUUUUGCACCGGUGCUCGCCCCACGGACCCUCCGCUUGCUUCGCACGCAGCCCACGCUGACGUGGCAGUCGACGCACCCUCCAUGUCAGACCUGUCCCUCUGGAGCGACCGCUUACGCACCGCUAGUGGCGGCGACGCGGCUACUCCCUCACUCGCGCCCGCUCCCGAUCCGACGAACUCCGUACGUACCAGCAGGACAGACGGCUCUGCCCCGCACGCUGCACUGCAAUUCCCCGAUACAAGUCACCCCGCUUCGGGAUCUCAAGCCGUGCCCUGUCCGUCACCUCGUCACCUCUCCGCCGCCCCUCCUGCCGCCGCAUGCCCGAUUGCGGCACUGCCCGCCGACGUGCUAUUGCACUGCCUCAUCCGCCUGCCGCGCGCCGAUUGGCCCAGGCUGCGCGCCGUCUGUCGCACGUGGCGCCGCCUCGUCGCCUGCCCCGACUUCCUUCGCCUGCGUCGCGCGGACGGUCGCAGCGAGUCGUGGCUGUUCGCCGUCGAGUGGAUGUUCAAAGGCGGCUGUAGCGGCCAACCUUUCGGCAGUGCCAGUGGCGGCGGCAGCAGCGGCGCCGGGGUGUGGGGCCGGGGCGGUCGUAAAGGAGGCGGGGGCACGGCGAGGGGGGUGGGGGGUAGCAGCGUGGACCUGGGGGACAGCGGUAGGCGGGAGUGGGGGGAGGAGGAGGGAGGGGUGGGCGAUCUUGAGAGCAGAGAGGAAGCGGGGGACGGGGGGAACGGGGAGGAGGUAAGAGAUGGGGAUGAGGAAAGCGGGGGGAGCGCGGGCGCAGGCAGUGCAACAGCAGGGGACGGGCAUGGGCAUACAGCACAAGACGAGGUCCCUCCUCUCGCCGCCUCCCACGGCCACACUGCCACAGCCCAGAAUCGAACCAGAUCGCGCGUGUUGCUGCUACAGCAGCAGCAUCCCCAGCAGCGCACGGCCGUUAGCAGCGGCCAGCGCGCCCGCUCCGCCUCCCUCUCCCCGUACACCACAGCCCCCGCGUCCGCCUCGCCCUCCCUGGCGCUGCUGUGGGCGUACGACCCAGCAGCCAAGCGGUGGUACAGCCACGGGUGCCUGCCUCCCAUGCGCGGCAUCUGCCACUCGUCCACGCUGCUCGCCCUCGGGCCCUGCCUGCUGCUGCUCGGGGGGUCCUGUAGCUCCGCCUGCUGCUCGCCGGGAGGGGGCGCCUGUGGGCCUUCAAGGGCAGUGUGGCGUUACAACGUGGUAACCGGCAAGGCGCGGCGGCUAGCAGACAUGACAUGCCCGCGCUUCAACUUCGCUGCUGCCGUGCUGCCCUCCUCCGGGCGCAUCAUAGUGCUGGACGCUCCUGCCCUGACUGCUGCUGUUGCCACGGCUCUGGAGGGGACAGAGCGGGGCAGGAGGGGGAGUAAGGAAGGCUGGGGAGGAAGGAGGGAGCGGCACGGGGCAGGGGAUGUGAGCAGCAGUAGGGCGAGUAGUGAGAUUGAGAGAGUAGACAGUGGGACGAACAUGUGGAGUUGCACGUCCCCCCCGUCUGCAUGGCGUGUGGUGCCUAGUAUGCUACCGAGCAGCGUGGCAGGGUUGGUGGCCACGCGCCUGACCACAGCCAAUGGGCAGCUUGUUCUCACCAACCACGUGGCCCCCAUGUGCCACCACGUGUUGCAGUACCUGCCCCAAACCAACUCCUGGCGGGACGCUGGGAAGCUUCCUGUGUGCGGGUUCCGGGGGUUUGGGGUGGUGGGAGUGGAUGGGCACCUGCUGGUGGAAGGGGGUGUGGAGGCGGCAGCGGUUGAUGGAGCAGUGGGGUUGGAUCCUGGAAGGUUCCUGCAGCGCACACCGUAUGUAAACGCCUUCCAGCCUAGGAUGUGGGGCGUGCAGGAGGGGCAGGAGGUGAGGCAUGGGCGGGGCAGCGGAAGGGGGAACAACUGUGUGAGAAGCAGUGGAGGAGAUGGAAGGGGACAUAGGGUUAGGCAAGGAGGUGAUGAGGUGCAAGAAGGCAUGGACGGUCAUGGUGAAGUGGCAGUGGGACUACGUGCUGACCCGGCAAUGGGGCUUCUGGGGAGGGGAAUGGCUGAGAACGAGACGAGCAGGCAGAGUGUCAGCCACCUGCACCAAGGGGCCAUUGGCGGAGCAGAGGGUCCUGUGUGGGAAAGUGAAGCAGGGCAAGCGGGUACCAGAGAGAAUGCUAGUACCAACAUGCAUGCACCUGCACAUGAGCAGCGGGGGAAUGGAAUAUCAGCACCUGCGGGUGGGCAUGGAGAUGGAGAGGGUGUGGGAGGUGUGGAAGGUAGUGCAGGUAGUGAGGUGGUGCUGCAGGAUGCAGUGUGGAGGCCUGUGCGGCCGUUUGGCAAUGCGGGUGUUCCUCGUGUGUGCCAGUGGUGCGUAGUGUCCGCGCUUUAG